GGAGGGGGGACGAAGCACAGGGGAGGCAGAAUUCUCUUUCCCCAGCUUAGCGCCCUCUCCCCUGUGCACAGGGUGUGGCGUCGGGCCGGGGCAGCCUCGAACGAGGGGCGCCAGCGACUAGGGCUGGCCCACUGCCGGGGGGAGGGGCUGGCCCCAAAGGCCUCGCGAUGACACUCCGUAUCCCAGCGCCUUGUGGUGGCGUUUCCUGCAGGCUUGGAUCAAGGGGGGGGGGCAAACUGGGACCCUCCGUAGGAAACCCACAGAGCUGCUUGGCCCCACAGCCAGCAUUGACCCCACUGCUUCCAGGACACAGCUGCUGCCCCUUGCCCCUGUCCUGCGGGUGCCAGCCCCUGAGGCAUUGGUCCAUCACCACCUGGUUGGGCAGGGCAUGGCGCAGCGGAAGAAACGGGUGCCCCGGUAAAGGGGAUGUAGAAGGGAAGAGACCUGAAUGCUCCUGGCAUCCUUCAGCCCCCCCCCCCGGCCCCCCACAAAGGGCGUCUCCAGGACCUCGGUUAGAUGCCGACACACGUCGCCCAUGGCACUGCCUGGCCUCACGCCCUCCUGUCGGCGUGGGCCUGGGGCGCUGGGUCUCCUGCCUCAAACGAACAGAACACGGAGGGAGCCCGCAGGCAACGAGCCGUGUCCCGGAGAUGCUGUGGACCGACUGUCCGAGCGCUCCCAGCCGGGGCCCAGAGUCCACGGACAGGGGCAGGCUGAGCGCAGCGCGGGGUGCUGAGCACUUGGCCAGGGCACACGCCGGUGGGGCCAGUGUUGGGCGCUGGGCCUAGUUCAGGGGAUGAACCGUCCCAGCGUGCUCUGCUGGGUGGGCGAGCGAGCGAGCGGGCGUGGAGCAGCCCAGUGCUGCCGGCUGACAGUCCUCGCUGGCGCUGGGAAGUGGUGGCAGGCCCUGGCACCUCUCCCGUGCCCGCACCGCUGGGCUCGUCGCUUUCAGCCCGCCCAGCGCAGCGCAUGGCAGGAAGUGGCGGAGAGCGGCGCUCCGGCGGGAGCCAGCCUGCGGUUAGCGCAGAGAGGAAGCUGGUGUAGACUGGAAGCGAUGGGUCUGUGAUAUGGCGAGAUUUCAUGCGACGGCAGUCACAGGAAGGAGGCCCAGCGAGCUGCGCUGUGCAGUGAGCGUGGAGCAAAAGCUGCUCCCGCACCAGGCCUGUGCCCAGCGAAAGGGGGAGCGUCUGGGCGGGCUGAUGACACGCGGGCAGGAGUGUUGGCGUGUGAACACCCCUGGCAGCAAAUGCAGGUGCCCUGCUUGCACGAGUGCUCACAGCCGUGUCGGUGAGCAACUCGUGAAGACACCACUGGAGAUUCAGGUGUCGAUGUACCUCGACUCCCGCUGAUGCCCAGCCCUGGUGCCAGCCCCACCUCCGGGGCUGGAGAGAUGGGAGGGGGGCGUCGCAGUGCUGGGAUGCCCAGCUGAGAUCAGGGCCUGGAGCCAGGCCUUGCCCAGGGGCAGCAUGUGAGCCGGUCUCUGCCCCGGGCUGCCUACAAUCUAAGCAGGCCAGGCCGAGGCAAGACGGGAGGGGCCCGAGGCCAGGAGGCCAGGCUCCUCUGAGGGUGCAGCCGUCCGAGGGCGGGCGGCCAUGGCCCAGGAAUGCCGUGGGCCUCGUGGCCUCGCCAGCGCUGUGGCUGGGAGACACCGAGCCCAGAGCUCUCGCCCCAGAACAAAAGGACCAUUGUGCGGCUGCAGCCGCCUUCCAUUUCCAAGGAGGCCGGGAUGCAGCCAGAGGCUCUGGCAGGCCGUCUGCCCUCUGUUCGCCAAUGGUGUGCAGGGGGGGCAGGGCGCUGCCCCGUCUCCGAAGCCCCGCCGCAGGCACGGGGCAGCGUGGGGGUCCUGGUGGGCUCGUUCUCCCGGCUCGGCUGUGCUGAGGCGCUGUGUGUGCUAAAGCCAUUAGGCGAUGAAGUCAUGUCUUAGUUCUGCGGUGCAAUCCGAGCUCCGUCUCCCCCUCCCCCUCGGUGGUAACUAGCUUAAAACCCUGGCAGGCCCUGACCCCAACCGAUGAGACCCGGCCGCUCGUGGGGGCGGGGUUAAGGGAACCUACGUCCCCCCCCUCCCCGGGAUCCGGAGAGAGCAGGCCAUGCUAGAGGGCAGGGCUCUCGCCCCAGGUCUGCCCCAGAGAUGUGGGGUGCAUGACAGGAGGAGAAGGGUGCUGGGCCAGAUCCUCAGCUGGAGGAAAUGGGUGUAGCUCCGCGGGCGUCUCAGGGGCGUGGAGCUGAUUUGCACCAGCUGAGGGUGUGACCCCGCGUGAGGGUACCGGGGUAGCCGGAGCAGGACCCGGAUACCUGUGCUGGCAGCACAAGUUAGCAACAUGGGACUUUCAGUGACCCCAGGUGAUCAAGACCCCCAGCCUUGUGGAUCAGCAGUGGCACAGCACCCCCCAUCUCCAGAGCUCCAUGAACCUCCCUCCUGACAAAGCCCGGCUCCUGCGCCAGUACGACAAUGAGAAAAAAUGGGACCUGAUCUGCGACCAGGAGAGGUUCCAGGUGAAGAACCCCCCCCAUACCUACAUCCAGAAACUGCAGACCUUCCUGGACCCCGGCGUGACGCGCAAGAAGUUCAGACGGAGGGUGCAGGAAUCAACCAAAGUGCUGCGGGAGCUGGAGAUCUCCCUGAGGACCAACCACAUCGGGUGGGUUCGGGAGUUUCUCAAUGACGAGAACAAAGGCCUGGACGUCUUGGUGGAGUAUCUCUCCUUCGCGCAGUGUGCUGUGAUGUUUGAUUUUGAGGGUCUGGAAAGCGGCGAGGACGGCGCGCUAGAAAAGCUGAAAUCCUGGAGCAGAUCCAUCGAGGAUCUGCAACACCCCAUAACCCUGUCUGCCCCCUUCACCAACAGCCUCGCCCGCUCUGCGCGCCAGUCCGCCCUACGCUGCAGCACUUUGCCCAGCAGGAAGGCUCUGAAGAACUCGCGGCUGGUGAGCCAGAAGGACGACGUCCACGUCUGCAUCAUGUGCCUGCGGGCCAUCAUGAACUACCAGUACGGCUUCAACCUGGUGAUGUCCCAUCCCCACGCCGUUAAUGAGAUCGCGCUCAGCCUGAAUAACAAGAACCCCAGGACCAAGGCCCUGGUGCUGGAGCUGCUGGCGGCUGUCUGCCUGGUGAGGGGAGGCCACGAAAUCAUUCUCGCUGCCUUCGACAACUUCAAAGAGGUCUGCAAAGAGACGCACCGCUUUGAGAAGCUCAUGGGCUAUUUCCGGAACGAGGACAGCAACAUCGAUUUCAUGGUGGCCUGCAUGCAGUUCAUCAACAUUGUGGUGCACUCGGUGGAGGACAUGAAUUUCCGGGUGCACCUGCAGUACGAAUUCACCAAGCUGGGCCUGGAGGAGUUCCUGCAGAAGUCGCGGCACACGGAGAGCGAGAAGCUGCAGGUGCAGAUCCAGGCCUACCUGGACAACGUCUUCGACGUGGGGGGGCUGCUGGAGGACGCGGAGACCAAGAAUGUGGCGCUGGAGAAAGUGGAGGAGCUGGAGGAGCACGUCUCCCACUUGACGGAGAAGCUGCUGGAUCUGGAGAACGAGAACGUGAUGCGCGUGGCGGAGUUGGAGAAGCAGCUACUGCAGCGAGAGAAAGAGCUGGAGCUGGUCAAGGAGACCUUCGAGAGCACGACUCACCAGGUGCACACGCUGCGCAGGAUCAUCAAGGAGAAGGAGGCGGCUUUCCGGCGGCACUGCGGCCCCUGCCAGCCCGGGGAGCCGGGGGGCGACCUGCUGCCGUCCCUGGAGGGUGAAGGAGACGUCCCCGACUACGACAUCUGCCUCCCGGCUCUGCCUCCUGUGGAGGCUGCCCCCCCGCCCCCACCUCCCCCACCCCCUGUGCCCCCGCCGGCCCCGCCACUGCCAGACAAGUGCCCCCCUGCCCCUCCGCUGCCUGGGGCCUCGCCUUCCGUCAUCCUCACCGUGGGGUUGUCAGCCAUCCGGAUAAAGAAGCCCAUCAAGACCAAGUUCCGCCUGCCCGUCUUUAACUGGACAGCCCUGAAACCCAACCAGAUCAGCGGCACCGUCUUCAGUGAGCUGGACGACGAGAGGAUCCUGGAGGACCUGGACCUGGACAAGUUCGAGGAGCUCUUCAAAACCAAAGCUCAGGGCCCGGCCAUGGAGCUGGUCUGCGCCAAGAACAAGGCCUCGCACAAGGCGGCCAGCAAGGUGACGCUGCUGGAGGCCAACCGGGCGAAGAACCUGGCCAUCACGCUGCGCAAGGCAGGCCGCAGCGCCGAGGAGAUCUGCAGAGCCAUCCACACGUUUGACCUGCAGACGCUGCCGGUGGACUUCGUGGAGUGCCUGAUGCGGUUCCUGCCCACGGAGGCGGAGGCGAAGCUGCUGCGGCAGUACGAGAGGGAGCGCAAGCCGCUGGAGGAGCUGGCGGACGAGGACCGGUUCAUGCUGCACUUCAGCAAGGUGGAGCGCCUGGCGCAGCGCAUGGCCAUCAUGGCGUUCCUGGGCAACUUCCACGAGAACCUCCAGCUGCUGACGCCGCAACUCAACGCCGUCAUCGCUGCCUCGGCCUCCGUCAAGGCGUCUCAGAAGCUGAAGCACGUGCUGGAGAUUAUCCUGGCCCUGGGCAACUACAUGAACAGCAGCAAACGCGGCUGCGUCUACGGCUUCAAGCUGCAGAGUCUGGACCUGCUGCUGGACACCAAGUCGACAGACCGGAAGCUGACGCUGCUGCACUUCAUCGCGCUGACCGUGCGGGAGAAGUACCCGGACCUGGCCACCUUCUGGCAGGAGCUGCACUUCGUGGAGAAGGCAGCAGCAGUGUCCCUGGAGAACGUGCUGCUGGACGUAAAGGAGCUGGGGCGCGGCAUGGACCUGAUCCGGCGGGAGUGCAGCAUUCACGACAGCAGCGUCCUGCGCAGCUUCCUGGGCGCCAGCGAAGGCCGGCUGGAGAAGCUGCAGAAGGACGCCAAGACAGCGGAGGACGCCUACAACACGGUCGUGCGCUACUUCGGCGAGAGCCCCAAGACGAUGCCCCCCUCUGUGUUCUUCCCUGUCUUCGUCCGCUUCAUCCGCUCCUACAAGGACGCAGAGCAGGAGAACGAGCAGCGGAAGAAGCAGGAGGAGGUGCUGCGGGAGAAGAUGCUGGCUCAGGAGGCCAAGAAGCUGGAGAAGCGGAACAAGUGGCAGCAGCAGGAGCUGAUUGCAGAGCUGCGCCGGCGCCAGGCCAAGGAGCACCGGCCCGUCUACGAGGGCAAGGACGGGACCAUCGAGGACAUCAUCACGGACCUUCACUCCCGGCCGCUCAGACGGGCCAACGCCGCCAGCCGGAGCCUGGACCCAUCCGCUGGGACUCUCCCCAGGGGCCUCUGUCCUGCCCCUGCUGCCCCCUGCCCCGACUCCGCACUGAAGGACCAAAGGGACCUCGGGCGAGGCUGGCUCUGUGCCUUGGGAAGUGCCUUAGAGCGACAGUAUUAGCGAGUGCCUGCACCUCCGGGGCCAGGCUCGUGGACAGGACUGGCCGGCACUGCCGGGGCCGGCAGGCAGGGGAGACCCCCGGCGUCAGCAGGACACUGGCAGCCGCAGAAACCCCUGGCGCGCGGGCUCAAGUGGCCG